AUGGCGCGACUGGCCAAAUGCAAAGCCAAUGCCGCACCUGCCCUCCCUCCUACUCACAGCAAUACCCUUGUACCUUCCUCUGUACCCAAACUGCCCCGGACCACCGCCUACAUUCUGCCACCGCCUGAGGGGCCCCACUCCCAGGAAGUACAAAAUCCGGUGACCCUCCAGCCUUAUUUGCCCUUUUCUUCUUUUCUCCUCAAACUUACCUUGAGGGGGAGUGGGACGCUCAAGCAGAUCCCGCUCCAGGACGGAUCCGCCUGCAUUGCACAUCGCGGCGCGGGCUGUCCUCUGGUCGGGCCUUGUGCUUUCCCAGACCUUGAAAUUUUUGAUUGCCAGAUUUUCAUUGUGUUCACCACCGCGCGUGGUGUCAUGAGGAAGAGGUUCACGAUGGCGUGGUGGUUGAUGCUGCCCAUGGUUGCCAUGGUGAGUGUGAGACUCAGUUUCACGUACUACGGAAUAGCCUAA